AUCUUUUCUUUUAUACUUUUCAAAUUUCAAUUUUUCUAUAAUUUAGUUCUUUUUUUUUCUGUCUACUAUUAAUCACUCUUUUGGCUUUCUUAUAGAUAAGUUAUGAUAAGUUGCAGUUAGAGUCAAGUCAAAAAAUGUAGUUCGCGACUUUUUCACUUAAAAAACUCACUGAUUUACGGGCCCAAUAUUAUUCAUACCCAUUGACCCACCUCCGGUCCGGCACCUGUGAAGUGGAGUGAUAAGACCAAUCCGGUCCGUCUACUCAAUGGCCAGAUAAGGGUCUCAUUGUGAUCGAUACAUUUCCCAACUUGGCUGGAGUGCUCUCGCCAGUUAGAAUAACGACGCAGCAUGGGCUAUACGACAAAUCGCAGACUGCAGUUGGGUCUACUUUUGAUCCUGGGACUCCAAGGAGUUAUUGCUGAAUAUGGUGAUCUGGCUGGCAAUUGGUCAGUGGAUUUUGGUCAGCAGAAGCUACAAAUGGUGGAGGGUGAAAGUCAGCAAGUGGAAUUGCAUAUAUACAAUGUAAUACCCAAGGAUUCGUCGUUGAAUUACUAUUUUAUGGUGUACUCUAAGGAUGAUCAGUUAUCAGAUCAGAAGGUUUUCAUAUGGAAAGAAGAGUUCGAUAUAUUGGGAAGCUGGAAGGGAUUGAUUGAUGUCACGGCUGUACGAUUUGGAUACAGUACCCUGGAAGUGGAACUGCAUUCGAAUGGAGAGAUUGAGAUUUACGGCAAUCCUCUGAAAAUUGUAGUCUUAAGAUCGCGAGUUGUGGACGAACGUGUUACUACCUAUGUGUCCGCCGCCUUGGCUUUGCUGAUGUUCCUGAAUCUGGGAACAGUGCUGGAUAUGAAGCGACUGGCGGGGAUUAUCUGUCGACCUGUUGGCCCCGUGGUGGGUGUGGUCAGUCGAUUUGUGUUAAUGCCCGCCUUGGGUUUUGGAUUGGGUCGCUGUCUUUGGCCGGAUCAAUGGCCAUUGCAAUUGGCCCUGUUCUACACAGCCUUGGCGCCCAGUGGUGGACUGGCCAAUGUGUGCGCCGUUUUCCUUAAGGGAAACAUUAAUCUUUCCGUGGCCACCACAACGAUCAAUAGUCUGUUGGCUUUGGCCUUUUUGCCCAUUUGGAUCAUGGUCUUGGGCAGGCUACUCUACGAAGACGAUGAGCUGACGGUGCCAUUUGGGCAGAUAUCUGGCGGAGCUGCUGCCUUGGUGGCCUGUUUGGCCAUUGGUGUCAUGUUGCGACUUUGCGUCCCAAAGACCACGCGGUUCAUCUUCCGUUUCCUGAAGCCACUGUCCGUGGUACUCAGCUUGUGCCUGGUGGGGUUGACCGUGGGUCUCAAUUGGUUUGUCUUUCUCGAGUUUACCUGGCAGGUUUUGGUGGCAGCUGUUUGCCUGCCCCUCGCCGGUUAUCUCGUCACUUACCUGCUGUCGAAGCUCCUCUGUCGAUCGGCCACCGACUCCUUGACCCUGGCCAUCGAAGCUAGUGUUUUGAACAUGACUAUGCCUAUUGUUCUGCUGCAGUCUAGUCAGCUAGAACAACCGCAAUUGGAUCUUGUUCUGGUGGUGCCCAUUGCAUCUUCGUUAAUGUCACUAGUUCUGGUGAUUAUAUUCUAUGGGAUACGGCGUUGCCUUGGCUGGAAUAAGCGGCAAGAUGCGGAUGGUUUUGAUCAUAAGGAGCUGAUAGCGGAGCACGAGAGUGAUGUCUACCAACGGCCUUAAGUCAAGCUCUGGGAACAAAACGCAACGUCGUUUGAUGAAAAUUUUUGGCAACACGUCGCGUCGUCUUGGUUGUUGUUAA